AUUUUAGAAAUCAGAAUGGAACAAAUCUUAAGGGUUCGGAGCAGCCUCAGGGGUGCUGGGCUCAGGAGCCUCCAUGGUGGACGUGGCAGCCCCGAACAGGUCCCGGUGUCCGCGAAUGCCUGGCAGCGCUCUGGCCCCCGGUCCCCCAUGAGUUCAUCACUGCUGCGCUCUUCUUCGUCCCAGGCACUUAGCCCAGAUCAUGAGAACAGCAUCAUUAAGAAACAGAGACAAGAACUCCAGCUUUUAAUUGCAGAACUGAAAGAGCGUGACAGGGAGCUCAAUGACAUGGUUGCUGUGCAUCAGAGACACAUCCAGGCCUGGGAAGGUGAUCGCCACAAAAUACUGACUUUAGCGGAACGAUGCAGCUUGUUGACCAGUGAGCUGAACAACAAAAAUGCAAUUAUAAAAUCACUGACCAAAAGGUUAAAGUUCGUAGAAUCUCAGCAGAAUGACAGUCAGGCAACACUUGAAAAUACACAGCAGAAGUUUAAAGAGCUGACUCAAAAAGUAACAGAUUCAUCUGUUCACUGCCAGGCUCUGGAGGAGAAAAAUCAGGAUCUCCACUGCUCAGUUUUGGAGCUGUCAGUUAAAACAGGCCAACUGCAAGCAAGAGAACAGGAGCUCCUCACUAUGCUUAGGCUGAAGGACAAUGCUUUAAUUGAAACUACUGAUCACAUUAAUGAGUUUACGUGCAAAUUAAAAAAGCUGGAAAGUGCACUGCGUGCAGUCAAGUCAGAGGAUUUCUGUCUCAACAGAGAACAGAAAGAGCUCAGACUGACACUGAAAGAGCUAAUGCUUCAAACAAAUAAGCUGAAAGAUGUCCUCUCUGAAAAGAUGGAGGAGAACAGCAAGCAGCACGAAGAAAUCCUUCACCUGAAACAUGAAAAUGGCUGCUUGAAGAGUGAGCUGGCACUGGCAGUGGAGAAAGCCGAGAGGAAGGAUGAACUUUAUCAGUUUGCCAAGUCUAAACAAGCGCGGAUUGAAAAGGAGUUAUCCAGUUUGAGACAGGUCUAUGUAAAACAGCAGAGUGACUUACAGUUCCUUCAUGGCGACUCAGAGAGCCCUAAGGCCUCAAGGCAAAAGCAUGAAAAGAUGGCAAGCAGGAGUGAAGAAAACACGGGUGUGAGUUUCUACCACUUGGAUUCUCCCCGUUUGGCAACCGCCCAGGAGAGCAACACUUCUCAGAGAUCUGUGGAAUUCUCUGGUGAAGACUCCCCUCUGCACAUCAGUGACCUGGCAGUGACUAAGCCAACAAACAGAUGCUGCAGUGCUGCCGUGGACACAGACACCAGUUCCCUGCUGAUGAAGCUGCAUCGUGCUGUGGCUGAGUCUGGACAGAUGAUUGCUCGUCUGAACCUCAGCCUUCUCCCCCAGAGCCCUCACUUUAUUCCAAAUAGCAGCCACAUGGAUAUAGUAUAGAUUAUUCUCCCAUAGGUUGAGGUGCUCAGGAAUACUGAUUGGGAACAUCCUAUCCCUUAUGCUUGACUUGCACUCCAUUAGCAGAGCACGAGGGGGAUGUUGUUUAUAAAAUAGAGACAAUUCCUGCCUGCCUUAGCUGCAGGUCCUUGAAUUUUUUAUAGGAUUCUUUUAGAGGAUCCUCAAGGUCAUGACAGGGUUUGACUUUUGCAUGUGUCUAAACAGAUGGAAGGAAGAAGUCAUUUUGGGGCAAGCUGUAGGAGGCCUAGAAAAAAAUGAACACUGGUUCUUUCUCACUUGAAGCAUUUGAGAUGAUUUCUCAGGCUCAGUGCACACUCACCACUCUGCUGCCCCAGAGGCUUAGAGUCAGAACUGCUUAUUAUUAUGUUCAUGGAAAGGAGGGCAGUAUAGGGAAUAGAUUAUAUAUAGGAUAGUUUUGGGUAUGAAUUUAAACCAGACACGCAGCUUUAAUAAAUUUAGGGGGGUUUGUGGGUUAAUUUUAGUUCCUUCAUUGCAGGGUCAGAGCAUAUACUCAGUGGUCAAAGAAAAAACCUGUAUGUGACUGUCUGGCAGCUUAUUUUAUGAGCAUGAGCACUGAUAGGGAGUUCUUGUUGGGUAUGUGGACAGAAGGAGUAAUUGGAGAAGGAGUCGCUUGUUUUCAUAAAUAUCCGUAAGAAUUUCUACCCUGUUUGACAAGGACAUUGUACCAUUUGUCACUAGAAAUGAGUCCACUUGUGCUGAUGUACAUCCCAAAGGGAGGAUUUAGGCUCUUGGAUUUAGAGCAGGCUGCUUUCUCCUCACACAUCACCUCCCUCUGAAAAUGCUGGACUCCUUUUAGCCUCAGAUGAACUUGACCAGAACAACGUUUCUGUAAGUAACAGACAAAGCAAUUUUUAUAACAUUCAGAGCCAUAAACCCUUCGCUGUGCUGGGACUGAGUGAGUGAGUGUAAAGAUUGUUGUGCCAACGUUUGCAUAAACUGAAAGGAGAUUUUGUUCGGCAGCUCCUCUGCAGGAUUUCAUUCACCAGGGAAGACAGCAGCAGUUUAGUCUUUUGCAAAUCCAUGUAGGAGGAUUCCUGAAAAGCUCCCUACAACACAGGGCUUGCUUGUGGCUCCUGCCCAGCCCCAUCAGCUGUCUGGCUCCUGCUGACUGGUUGGCACGUCACAGCUCGGCCACUCCGGCUGCCCAUGACUCUGCUUUAGAACCUGAGCCUGCAUUUCGGAGCUUGGAAAUUGGCUUCUCGUUCAGAACUGGGGCUUCAGUGGAUAGAACAUAAAGCAGGCUCGUGGGUACUGGGGGAGCAGAUCCUGAGCCACAUCUGUGGAACUUUGAUCUACUUUCAGAGCAGUUCUGGGUAGAAACUCGUCAAGCGUGUUUUAGUUAAUCUAUGCAGGCCAACUAAUCUGUGCUUAAAACCAGGCUCACCUGGGGCGGUUUUAAACUGAGCUUUAAAACAUAAGAAAUACCUUAGAAUUUAAUCAGUAAGAAUUUGUAUGGGUUGAAUUCUGUGCCCUGCUUGGGGGAGGGAGGAGAAGAGGGAAUUGAGAAUGCCAGCUUGAACCUGGCAGCUCUGGAAUUUUUAUUCUCUUGAGUCCUUUGAUUUCCAGGUAGGGUUUUUACAUUACAAUAUAGGCAACAGAACUUGCAGAAACUCUACACAAAAGCCAGUUAUCUGCUGCAGAAGAAAGAGAUGCUAAGCUUCCUUCUUAACUCUAUGAUGUUUCAUGAGCAUGAAGGUGUUUUCAAUUUGAUCUUUAUUUGUUUGCUUCUCUUUUUAUAAAUGCAUCUGCAAUAUUAAUACACAUUAUGGAUUUCUGAUAUGAGCCUGGCACAGGAUUCUAAGUGCAUUUCCAGUAAAACUCUUGUGAGUACUGUAACAGCAAAUAGAUAUUAAGGCAGCAAAUAAUUCCUUUAGUCAAAUAAUUAAACUUUCCUCAAGCAUGUUCCUCAUCCUCUGGGCAGUCAGAUCUCACAGCUCCAUUCCCCAGUACCUGAAGGCUGCUUAUUGUAGUUAAAGCCCUUCUGUGUGUUACAGAUAACAGGAUCAAGGAUGUGAACAUUGUUGAAUGAGAGAUUGGGAAGUGUUUUCCAGGGCCAAGGCCAAGAGCUGUUUUAGAAUAUUGUUCCUGGGCUCAGAGCCCCAAAAGUAGAAUGUGUUGAAUAGAGCUGUUUCAGAAUAUCCCAAGCAGCCUUGCUCACAGCAGAUUGUUUUUUCUUUUGGAAUCAGGAAAUUUCUCACUCUCUGAUUAUUUGUUCCCCUGAUGUGGAUUGGAUGCUUGCAAUAGGCACCACAUUGUCUGGUUCUGAGGACAAAAGAGUAACCAGAUAUGGUUAAAAUCCUGAACACCACUUGAAACUGAAUAAGAACCAGCAACAAUGAGGAGAAAAAACGGCAAAAAAA